UACUUCAGCUGCUCGAUCGAUGGGGCACAAUGAACCUGUGGUUUCUGCUGAGUGGCUGCAUGCUAAUCUCGGAGAUCCUGAUGUAAAGGUAUUGGAUGGUUCUUGGUAUAUGCCAAAUGAGCAAAGAAACCCCCUUCAAGAAUAUCAGGUGGCUCACAUUCCCGGUGCCUUGUUCUUUGAUAUUGAUGGAAUAACUGACCAAACAUCUGAUUUACCCCACAUGUUGCCGACAGAAGAAGCUUUUGCUGCUGCUGUUUCUGCUCUUGGUAUCCACAACAAGGAUUCCAUUGUUGUUUAUGAUGGGAAGGGUAUGUUCAGUGCAGCUCGUGUUUGGUGGAUGUUCCAAGUCUUUGGACAUGAGAAGGUUUGGGUGUUGGAUGGGGGUUUGCCAGAGUGGCGUUCUUCUGGUUUUGAUGUUGAAUCUAGUGCCUCUGAUGAUGCAAUUUUAAAAGCUCAGGCCGCCAAUGAAGCUGUCAAAAAGGUUUACCAGGGACAAUUGGUUAACUCACUCACUUUUGAAGCAAAAUUUCAACCUCAUCUAGUCUGGACACUUGAACAGAUCAAACAAAACAUGGAUGCCCAAACACACCAACAUGUAGACGCUCGAUCGAAGGCCAGGUUUGAUGGUGCAGCUCCAGAACCACGACCAGAAAUAAGAAGUGGUCAUAUACCUAAAAGUAAAUGCAUUCCAUUUCCCCAGAUGCUGGAUAGUUCACAAAAGCUUUUGCCAGUGGAUGAACUCCGUAAAAGAUUUGAGCAAGAAGGCAUUUCUUUGGAUCGCCCUGUGGUCGCCUCUUGUGGUACCGGCGUAACUGCUUGUAUACUUGUGCUGGGUCUCCAUCGGAUUGGAAAGCCAGAUGCUUCAGUCUAUGUUGGGUCUUGGACUGAAUGGGCCACUAGGGAGCCCUGUUGCAACUCCUGAUGUUUUAAUUUCUUCGAGGUGGAUUAUGUAAUCUGUCAUCAUUUGGAGCAUGGAGACCAGGAGAUGUGUAGCACCAGAAUAAAUGUUUGUCCGAGUUGUUCUGUAUAUGUGUUGCAAGCAAUAGUCUUAUGGAUAUCAGUGGACCAGGAUCAUAGAUUAUUGGACAAUUUAGAUUGGUUAUGAGAAAAGCCAAUGGAAGGAGAUAUGGAUAUGGACUCCCAAAAUUUGUAUAUAAAAGUGUCUUGUUAGUUUGUUUCAACCUCAUGUUAAAAGUUCAAAUUUUAGCAUAUAACUGGAUAUUGAAGAAAAUGAUUGGAGUAUAUUACAAAUAUUAAUUGGUCUGAAGAUGUUGUUUUCUUCAGGUUAGAUAUUUGUCUUGUAGUAUGUUAUUUCACUUGCUGCUGUAAGCUGUUCUUCCCCAGAUAUUUUUUUU